CAGACGACGUGGCCACAACGACACUUUAUCUAACGGAGCUGAACCAUGACUGAAGAGCUGCAGGAGGCGGUGGAUGGCUUCUUCCUGGCGGCCGAAUAUGGCCGCUCCGACGUCAUCAAGGCGCUGGCAGACCAUGGACGUGGGCAUCUGUCGCUAGCCGACGUGGUGGACCCUGUGACCGGUCGCUCGCCGCUGCACGUGGCCGUGGCGAGUGGCAAGAAGGACGCACUGCGAGUUCUUCUGGCCGCUGGCUUCCCCCCAGAGCAUCAGAGCAAGGCACAGGAAGGAAAAGACGUUAAGAAUCGAUCCGCGUAUGCUCUGGCUCAAGAGCUGAAGGCGCAGGACCUGGUGGUGGUGUUCCACCAGUUUUUGAUCCAACAGGUCGCAGCAAACGACGUCGAGAGCGUGAACCAGUUGCUCGAAGCUGGCGUGGACGUGGGUAUUACAGACGCAGCUACGGGAGGAACAUUGCUGCAUUGGGCGGCGUCUUGUCAAGCGGUAGAUGUGCUGAAAACCCUGUUGGAGAGAGAAGAUGUACAGAAGCAGAAGCUGAUCGAUGCACGCAAUGGAGAAGGUGCUACCCCUCUGCACUUGGCGUGUCAUGCUAACAAUAUGGAGUGCACAAAGUUGCUACUAUUGCAUCAUGCAGACGUGAGUUUGAAAGGCGAGAAGGGGUUCAGUAAGGACAAGACAGCACUGGAAAAUGCGGCCCAGCAGGAGGUAAAGGAACUGUUCUCGCAAGGCUUAAAAGAGAGCAACGAGGGUGAUAAAAUCACGGAAACUCAGGCAGAGAAUGGAGCUAAAGCAGAAGAGAAUGCUGGAGAGAAUGGCGAGCCGUCAUGUGCUGCUAAUUCGGCGCGUCCCCAUGGAGUCCACGAUGAAAAAUUAUUAUUGCAGCUGGAAGAGAAGGAUCUGCUUGUGAACCAAUUGAAGAAAACCAUCGAAGCGCUCGUGCAGGAAUCGCAGGAAAUUCAGAUGCUCGGAGAAGAGCGCGUGAUGUUAGACUAUGUCCGUAAGCUGCGUGACGAGAAGGCGAUCGUCCAGAGACAAUUGGAAGACGCCAACGACUACAUUAAAAGCCAACAGCAACAAUUGGAGAGCUUGAAAGAGCAGAUCCGGCAGAUGUCUAUGAGCAAACAGAUUGAGACUGACCACGACAUUCUCUCUCAUACCAGUGACGGCACGACUAGCGGGGACCCUCCGGACAGCACAAGCAGCAACAUGAGUGUACUGGAUUUGCACCAGCUUGAGAAACAGAUUGAUGAAGACGAUGACGAGCUUCAGAAGCCUCAAGCGCAACCGCUAAAGCUCGACGCAUGGACGUCCAAGGCACAACGUGAGCAAGAAACCUUCAAUCGAUACGUUGAAAAACAUGGUCCUGAUAUUUGGAGUACUGUGUGGAACGGUAUCUGGACAGGCAGUGAAGAAAACGAAGCGCAGGAUGAAGACGGCGAAGUCAUCAUGACAGUGUAGAAUUAAAGAUCAAUGGAGGAAUGAAUUGAUUGUUUUAACACACAGAUCUAGCGGGUCGGAGAGGCAGCUGUGCGCGCAGUUGUUAGCACAUGGCUGCGUCGACGACCCAGCCUUAGCACAUGAGCAGAGAGCGGGAGUUCCUAGUUGUGCUUGGAGAGCUCGUAGAAAUCGC